AGGCUAGAGCUGUUUAAAUAGCGCGCUCUGAAUGCAAUUUUCCAAUAGGAGCAAAGGAGCCGUCAGCUGAGCCAUCAGCUGAUUGAGGAUUGCUUGCUUGCCAUUAAUGGCUAAUUAGAGCUUGACGUCGUGGCCUGCCAGAACUAACGCUACGCUUGAUUUUCAGGAAGUCCCUCUGGUGGGCCAGGUCCAGGAGAACUAUUCGUCCGUGGUGCCUGUGGAGGAAUAUGUUUAUUUAGCUUAAGGUUCAGGAAAAUAAAAUAAAGACUGUGACAAACACUCAACAAAGAAACGAGCCAGAAAUCACAAGACUGUGCAAAAUGUUACAUUAAAUCUAUAGAAGCUGAUAACUUGCCUCACUUCUGGUGCGCCAUCUACGCACAUCUUUGAGACAGCAAGAAGGAAACGUUCGGUGAACGUCCUUCCUGCUGCGAGGACGUGUGCUGCUCUGAGGCAGUCAGCCAGCUGGUGUAGGUGUUGUGCCAUGCUGGCUGAGGAGUGGCUCCCUGUGGCUUUGACCAGAAUUUAACCAUCAAUUGACAAUCUAACCAUAUUUCUUACUUUUCUUUUUUUUCCAAAUGUAGGUAUUGGAGCCAUAGCAAUGCCUCACCUGUUUCAAACCACCCUGUCCCCCCUCAUAAAUAACAAAUAGUCCCUCACCAUCUUUGAAUAAGCUGAUGAUAGAAGUAUCAUAAGCCUGAUAACUAAAAACCAGGACCACAGUUAAGGAGAGGGGCCAAGCAGUCACUUGGUGCCACAAGAACAACCUCCUGCUCAACACAUCUGAAACCCAGGAACUGAUCAUUAAUUACAGGCAUAGCAUCUCACCUGAAUCUGUCAUACACAUCCAAAAUGUCAUUGGUGGCGUAAAGAUGAAAGGUUGUCCUGAAUGCAGGUUUAAAGGAGCCGUCCCAACUAAACUGGUCAAGCAGCCCUUUGGUGUUCCCGUCUUUCGUUUAUCUUCUUAUGCCCUACAUACAGCAAUAACUAACCACCUCAGGAUUUAUUUGUGUUAAUUGCAGACAAGAACUCUGUGACACCCUCUAUUGUUCCAGAUUGAACGGUGUCAUUACUCAAGAAAUGAUACCUAACCCUCACACAGUAUAUACAGCUCAGUGCAACUCAAGGCUCAUCAGUAGCCUGCGCACUCCAUCAAGAGAUGGGGCUUUUGACGGCUGUGUUAGUUGGCGGCAGUGCAGCGGGUGCCGUGGUCGCAGCUCCUCUUGUUCUGACUGGUGCAGGUUUCACUGCAGCUGGAAUAGCAGCAGGCUCCAUUGCUGCAAAAAUGAUGUCAGCUGCUGCAAUUGCUAACGGUGGAGGAGUGGCAGCAGGAAGUCUGGUGGCUGGUCUGCAAGCAGCAGGUGCUGCUGGUCUGUCAGGAGCUGCCACUGCAGCUGUGGGCAGCACUGGAGCAGCAGUGGGAUGGCUGGCUGCAAUCAUCAUAUGAAAAUCAUGAAGGAACAAGAUGAAUAUCUUUACGUUUGCCAAAUGAAGGUGGCAACUGCAUCUGAUAUCUGUU